AUGAGAUAUGUCGACCUGUAUACAGUGAAGGUGAACGACAUCACACCUGAAGAAAAGGCGCUCUUCAAGAGGAACUAUUUCCUCCCUCGCGAAGGAAGAUGUCCGAUGGUCCCAGUUGGAUUCAUAGUGCAUCAUUCUGAACAUUUUUUCGUGGUCAUAUUUGACUAUGAGCGACGAAGAGCUCACAUACUGGGUCGCCAUAUCUCCGAAGAUGCGAUGAAUGUUGAUGGAGUGGAUCCUCAUGACUGGGAUGAUUGGGGUGGACCGGAAUAUUGGAGGAGAGUUGGAGAACUUCAUGACUGGAGCCCAGGGGAUAUUUCUGGCGUGUCUGUGAUCACCAAGGAUUGGGUGCAGAAUGGACUGGACUGUGGGCCGAUUGCGUGCUCCGUCCUUGAGCAAUGUCUGGCCUCAGGAAUAGAUGAAGAUGGUCACUUGCCAGGGUUUGAAGUUCUGUGCGGUCAUUUGUUGCGCAUGAAAAUCCUGUGCAUCAUUGCUGGUCGCGUCAAGAUAAGCUGCAGUGACUAUCUAAUGCUCUUGGACAGCUCACGAGAUGAUUGGAGAGAGGAUGAGUUGCCCGAUGAAGAUCUGAUAAAUGACAUCCAGAAUGGAAGGCACCAGGCCAAAUGCCUACAGCUCUUGCGGAGACUGACUGUUGUCAGUGCGACCUGCACAACUUGUCAACAUUCGAUAAUUGGCAGGGAUGUUGAACACACAUCACAAUAUGGGAGAAAGGAAACCAUCGCGAAGCUCAUAAAAGCGAAUACCCAACUGACUGGAUCUCGAGAUCGCAAUGCCAUAGUACCUCGGUCUAUUGGGAUGCACCUUCAACUAGAACCACAGGUUCCAUCUGAUCUCGAUGGUACAACAGACUCUCAACGAUCCACAUUUGCAUCUGCAACUCGUAGGAAGGUGCAAAAUUGGAAUCUUGGAAGCACCAAGCGAUUUCCGCGUCCGAUCGCUCCAUGCCCAUUAGAUGCAUAUACUGGGAGAAGGUGGCUUCAGGAUGACCGCAAAUUUGACGACUAUGAAGAUGGACCAACAAUUGAGAUGUUGUCAACUUCCAGGGAUGUUACUCACACGACGACAGUUCAGACUGGAGGAUUGCAGCUCUCUACCUCUUGGGCGGACUGGGUUGAUCAUGGGUACCGCAUUACUCCAGGGUCAUUCCAUAUAUUCUAUCAAUGUGAUCCUAUAGCUACCAUGGACCACAUCAUGUCCAUUGGUACAACAGACUCUUACGAUGCUGCGAAGCAGGUUCCUGAUCGUGUCACUGGUGCAUACAGCCUCGCCAGGCGAGGGGCAGAUGAAGAACAAGGCCAGGAAACGGAGAUCACAGAUGUGGAAAUAGUAUCUGCUUCUGAACUUAUCGACUGUGCCCAAUACGACCCACCACUACAUGAUGCAUGUAGGUUUGGACACAACUCCUUCAUUCGUGGACGCACCAAUGUUCAUGAUGAUAAUCCUCCUUGCCUGUAUGUCGACUUGGAACAGGAUGCAGUACAAUUUUCCGAAGAUGAGAUAGAGAUAUCGGUGGACAUUGACAGCAUCAUUUGGACGACAAAGGUAUUUCGAUGCAAGGGGUCUGUUGGGAUAUAUAUCACUCCACCAUUCCAAACGAAACCCGGCAUAUUCAAGCACAAUCACACUUAUGUCGACAUUAUCAUCCCUCAGUCAGAGGAAGAUGCCAGCGCACCUGGUGGGAGAACAGAAUGGUUGUCGAAGAGAUUUCCGAUGUCUGCCAUCCCUCAUGCAUGUAUUGGGCGCAUAUCAUCUGCUUCCUCGACACUCAAUCUGUAUAUCGCAUUUCCAAGGAUGAUCCAUAGAAAUAAUGUCAAUGGUCGAAGAAUCACGCUGAUACCCAAAGAGGUCUUGGACAUUUUCUGGGAUAGAGUGCUCCUUCCAUCCAUAGGGAAUUCCACGGACAUCAGCUGGGCUCCAUACCUCAAGCACACAUUGGAGGAGGCACGCUACAAGGCACGAGGUAGAAAUGGAGGAAAGGGUCGAUGGGGAUCUCCUAAGACUAUUCCUCUGUCAGAUGAUGACUUCAGGGAUGUGCAACGACAGAUGGAAGAUUGUAUACGCAAUGGAGAGGGUGAGCUCAGCAUGUAUGGGUCAUUCUUCUUCAUUCUUGAGGGGAAGGGAAUCAAAUUGCUCACAAAGGAUGGCCAAAGGGGGCGAUUCUUAGGACCUGAAGAGGCAUUAUGUCGCAAUUUAUCUGACCUUGAUUGGCCGUAUAUGAUGAACAGGAAGCAUGGAGAACUGCUAGUAGAUGUGGGGAUCUCAUUCACACCGCACUCUACAGAUAUUCCAGUCGUAGGAGUAUGGAGAUUGGAUGCGUUGGAAGCAUCAUUUGGGGCAGGAGGAUUCAAGAGAGGGGAGAUACAUCAUCACAACACACUCUCGAGAUAUGGGGCAUUGCAGGCAGAGAUGCAGCAGGAGAGAUCCCAGCAGACGCACAUCGCAUUCAGGAGCACCUACAACCUAUACUACGAGUCGAUCAGGACGAACAGCAACCAAGCUAACUUUGCAUCAGACAGCGAUGCCUACAAGCUCUCUCCAUCAUAUAUGGCUGAAUGCUUUGAAAUUGCGAAGGUCCUGGAUGGUUGCAAGGAGAAGACAUAUGGUGUCAGGGACGAGUAUAGAGUCAGUGGACAUGCAGCCAGAAUAAUACUGGACAAUAUAGACAUCAAGGCUAGGGAAUAUUUGCGAUCAGAUCCAGUCCUGUGGAUUCCAUCCAAGAUCUGGUUCGAGCAUAUCAGGCGACGUGUGCGGGAGAUUCAGAGGACCCAAAUAUCCAUUGUGAAAAAGAAUCCUCCAAAUCUUGGCAUCCUCACUGGUGUGCUUAACCACAUGCUUCGCUCGACGACAUCAACCCCUAUCAUCUAUGAUUCUCAUGUACGUGAAUCCCUCGCCCUUCUUGAAUAUAGGAAUGUCCUGGAGACAGCAGGGAUGUUUUUCCUACACGACUUCGACCUGGGAAGCGAGACAUGCUUGGAAGAGGUGCAGCAAAUCGAUGAUGUCAACGUGCUAGCCCUUAUGGGUGCAAAUGCAAAGGCUCGAAGGAAUAAAGCAGUGGAAAGGAUGGAUUCAUGGAAGGAUGCAGGAUCGGAACUGCAGGACUAUCCCAUUGGUCGUACACCAACAUGGACUCGACUCAAGGCAGCAAUUUCAAGCUCAACUGCAAUGAUAAUGAGACCAUGGUCAUGGUCGCCCAAGUUGUCCCACAUUCAACUAUCUGUUGGACGUCUGAUUGUCAUGUUCACCAGGCAAACAUGGCUCAUGCUGACGGAUGAUGUCCUCAAAGGAAUUAGGCCCUAUCCUAACUCUCUUAAGGAUGCGAUGAAGUGCUGGACCACAACCAGCAUCGAUGACACUCUUGCAUCAGUGGCCUUUGAAGCAAUCAAUGCUGGACUGCAGGACCAUACAGGUGUAACUCCAGGUCGCAUGGGUCCUAGAUCAAGAGCAUUUGCGAACCGGUCCUUGAUAUUCUUUCCUGACCCUGAAGCCUCCUAUAAGCAUCACACUCAGUGGUCAUGGCUGUGGGAUGGAGAUGGAUACAUCGCAGAGUUUCACAGGAUGAUGAAGACAAUGGAUUGCGAUCAGCAGGAAACACUCAAGCAAGGUUUGCGCGACAUAUUUUCAGAACUUCACUGUCUUCCUGCGAGUGGUGCAAGGGUGUGGACACAAAAAAAUGAUGCAAUAGUGUUCUCUACAAAUCCUGCAUUUUACAGGAUCGACUGCGUUGGGAGGGCAGGCGAGAGUCAGAGGAAGGUGACAAGAGCACGUCGCACAACGAAGCUGAUCAAAGGAAAACGCAUAUUUGCAGCUGACCUGAUGGAUUCCCAACCAUUUGAUGCUGAUGGGAAUCUCAGGAGAAAGACGGAGAGGCAGAAGCGUCGAGAGAUUCAAAAGAAAAUGACCAUUACAAGGAAAAACAAACGAGUACCCCCACCACCACGUCCUCGCAUUUCCAGACCAUUUCCCUUGGAUGUACAAGAAGCUUUAGACGAUGAUGUUGCCAUGGACAUUGAUUAG